AUGUUUUACGUGUUUUAUGUGAACGAGGGCUCGCUGCAUGCGCUGGAGGUAUCCGUUGCGCUUUGCUCCGUGCACAAUCUGCAGUGUGCAAUCGAGAAGGCGCUUCUCAUUUCCGGAGGCGAAGGCUUGCUGCAGGAGAAGCAGGUGUCCCAUUAUCGUGGCGCCGGUACCGAAUCAAAUCCGGUAUUUCUGUUUCGCAAACUUUACAAGGAUGGCAAUAAAUAUGCCGAAUUGUUCAACAGCUUAUUCGAUGAGUUGCGUAAUCUGGACAGUGCACCAGUAUCACGAUCGGUGGUUACACGCUACCGCGAAGCCUCUCGUUUGGGAUUGAAGAUUGCCGAGACGGGAUUGCAACAUUGUGGCCGUUUAGUUCAGGAUCAUCAACUGCUGCAUCAUGGAUGGUUAGCAUUAAUAUCGAAUCUUUGCGAAUCUCGAACACAAAUUGAUAAGAAAUCCGAACGAUUUUUUGCCCGAUACGAGCGUUUGAAAACGAUGCGCACGAAAGCGGAAUCGCUUAUGCAGGAUUUCGACAGUGUAUUGCAUACCCUACAGCAGAUCAAAAUUCCUUCAUCGCUGUUAUGUAACUCAUGCAAGACACAAGGUGGAACAAAAGCUAUUGAAGACUGUACAUUAUACGACUACAUAGCACGAGCAGAUCCGCAGAAUUCGUUGGAAGAAAUGACUGAGCAAACGAAUGAUGCGGAAUACAAGCAGGUGACGGCGAACAUGAAAUAUGUUAAUGAGCUGGUCAACAAUCCCGAAAUGCGACAUAUCCGUGGCAUGAAUACUCGCCUCACUCAACUCGAUUCAAUGUUUCACAAAAAAGGGCGUAAGUGUAUUGCGCUUGUUGUUGCUGCAGUGAUAUUUUUUACA